CUGAUUUUCUGUCCAAUCAGAGUGCCAGAACUUUGUUGAUACACUGAAGGGGUUUAAAACAGCUGUCUACACGCUGCAUAACGGGACAGUUUAAAACAUUUCUGUGGCAGUUCGGGAGCAGGUGCUUCAGAUUUAAAACCCCUGUUGAUGACGCUCUAAAGCACCUGGUCUGCAUUGGCAAUAAAAAUGGUGUGACAAUAGCCAGAAUCCUCAGUGACUGAUAUCAUUCAGGAAACCAGAUAUAUUCUCAGCGACAAUGGACAAAUCUUCCCAUUUGUAUAUUUCUGAACCGGGCGAGGCUGUACAAAAAGAACCAGACAUGAGCUGCAACCACACAGACCAUGGAUACCCCAAACAAGAUUUAGAGAGAGACUCUUUUCUCUGCCAGCACUGUCAGCGACACUUUAGCAGCAGUCAAGGCUUGGAGCGACACAUGCACGUCCAUACUUAUGGAAACAACGAGGCACGUGUGUACAAAAGCAGCACUUUGGGUUCAACGCAGCAGCAAGAAAAGACAAAACCUGUGGAUGAAGAUCAUUCUGUUGUGCACAUUCAUACUUCAUCCCUUAUUUGCACGAAUUCUUCCACUUUCACUAUUGAAGAUCCCACCGUUCAGCAACAUACAACAACAGACACCAACAAGCAACAGCAUGGAUGGAUUGUCCAAGAGAACCAACUGGAGAUCACUUAUGAGGAAAACGCCAAGCUGGCACAGGAGGAAAUUCCUCAGUCAUCACAAAGUGAACCAUCUAAACUUCAGACAAAGCAUGCUGAGGAAACGGUACCCACUUGUGGUCUGCAGAAUGAAGGAGCACAUGCUCAACAAUACAUACUAAAUGUGCCUGGCAAUAUUUCAGAGAAUAUCCGCUUUUACAUUGAUGGAAAGAUGGUGUCAGCAAACACGAUCAGUAACUGUGAAGUAGCUGAAGUUCAAUCUGGGACUUCAGCUCUUGUUGGACUUAACACCCUGAUUGUAGAUCCUGCCCAGAUCAGUCGGCUUUUAAAUACAGAUGCAGAAAUACCUGGGCAACAACACGUCAAGAGAAGAACGACAACACCACCUCUCUUACCACAAAUUAAACCUGAACUAGAGGUGGCUGCUUCUUCCUCUUCUUCAUCGCUCCUGUCUUCUUUAUUAGAAAAUAUUUUUCCCCAGAAAUCAGAAUCUGCAGUUAAACAGAAAGAAGGAACAGUGUUACUUUCUCCAAACCAGAAGCAGGAACUCCUUGAGAAGCAGGAAGGUCCUAAACCUACACUUGCUCUUGUCACAGAUGGCCAGAAACCAUCCUCGCCUGUUUCCCUCUCUGUCCUACCUUCUGGAACGGGAAAGUUUAGGAGAAGAACUAGCUCUCCAACAGGCUUGCCACAGCAGAACACAACAGCAAACGAAGAAACGUCAGAGAAUGAUUUGGAAGACUUUAGCACUGGAAAUGCAAGACUGGUUGAGUCACAGGACAGCCCCAUGGUCAGUGAGGGCAAUGACAUGACCCUAUCUACACCAGUGACAGAAGUAAAAGCUGUUUUGUCUGAGAGUUGGCCCCCUGUGAUUGGUGGUACUUCUUGUAAUCAAAAACCUUUGGACCUUUCCAAUACGGUAAAAAGAAAUGAAGAUGUGGCAUCAGGUGAUGCCGUGCUGGAUUUGAGUUUGCAAAGAAAGAACCUGAGUGAAUCUGAAUCUAUUUUAAAUUUUGUUUCGCAAGCAGUCAUGAAAGGACAUCCAAAUAUGUGCAUGGUGGAUGAAGCCUUGGUGAAAGUCGGAGAACAAAAGCUACACCUAGGGAAUGCCACGACUCCACUUUUAACAGACUUAACUCUUGUCACAGGUUCAGAUGUUAUGGGCCCUCUGGAGCAUGUUGCAGAGGGGCUUGUUUAUGGACUUGCCAUACCUCCAAGUUCUCUGGCUCCAUCAACCACCCCUCUUACUCCUGCUGCUUUGGAGCCAGCUUCACCAUGCACCAUAGCGUUUGCUUCCCCAGUCGCUCACACCAUUCUUCCCACUGCUCCUUCUGUAAUUACAGUUUUGGCACCACAGUCCAUUUCCAACCCUUCAAACCAACCUAUCCAAGUACUGGCCCCAAACUUAUCUCAUGAGCCUUUGAUAAUCUGCACAGAAGAUGAUUUACAUUCAUCAGAUAGUCAUUUAUCUACCCCAUUUGCUGCCACUAAUCCUGCAAACAUCGUCACUUUUUCCCAGGCACUUGACCCGCCUCUCAAUCUGCCCGGCCACAUGUUUCUCUCUGAUCAAAUUGCAAUCAGUCCACCUGUGGUUGAAUCCAGCCCUGUGACACAAGUUCCGUUCACACCAACGUUAAGUGAUUCCCUACUUAACAUUGCCAGUAAUGCAGUGCUAAUAGAGUGUACGAUAGCUCUGGAAGCCCCGGGAAGUGUUGUUCCUGCUGCAGUUAUGUUACAGGAGAAUGCUGAGCCUCAAACAAAAAAGCAACACGUUGUGUCCACGCCCAACUCUCAAACUGAGGACCCCACCAAUCUUAUGCCCUCCAUCUCAGAGUCUGUAACUUUGUCCACUAAUGCUGCUGCCAUAUCUGAUUCUUCUGCUGUGAAUGAACCGACUUCUGAACCAGACGCCGUUGAUGGUGCAGAGCUUUCAAUCAAAGAGGAUGAAGUCCCUCUUACAGCCUCUCCUCUACACGAGAAAGCCGCUGAAAAAUCCUCAGACACAGAAAAUGAUGCACAACAGACAUUCACCAAAAAUUUCAUCUGCAAUGUGUGUGAUAAGCUUUUCCAUUCAAUGAAACAGCUCGGCCACCACGUAGCUGACCAUGCAGAUGAAUGGCCCUACAAAUGCGAGUUCUGCGUACUGCUGUUUGUCAAACCCUCUGACCUGCUCGACCAUCGAUCAAGCCUCCAUGGGGUUGGAACGACUUAUGUUUGCAGUUUAUGUACUAAAGAAUUUGUAUAUCUUUGCAAUCUGAAGCAGCAUCAAGAGGAGUUUCAUCCUGGGCAGCAGUGUUCACAUACAGAGGAAGAAAAGGGAAAGUUAAGACCUCAGAAUUAUAACUCGGCUAAAGUGAGCACAGAUCCUUUAGUUCCCAAAUCUCCUGAAGAACCCAGGAAAGUGGUGAAAAAAGAACAAUGUGAAGUUGAAGUGGCUGCCGAUGAGCUGUUUACGACAAUCAAAAUUAUGGCCUCGGAUGGAGUUAAAAUGAAAGGGCCUGAUGUUCGGCUUGGCAUAAACCAGCACUAUCCCAGCUUCAAGCCUCCUCCUUUCCCCUACCAUAACAGAUCACCUGCUGGUUCACUGGCUUCAGCCACACAUUUCACCACCCACAACAUCCCACAGACCUUCAGCACAGCCAUUCGGUGCACUAAGUGCGGAAAAAGCUUUGAUAACUUGCCAGAGCUGCACAAACAUAUCUUGGCAUGUGCAAAUGCAAGCGAUAAAAGGCGAUACACGCCAAGAAAAAAUCCCAUUCCGUUGCGUCACUUUGCAAAAAGUCAGAAUGGAGUGCUGUCUACUACUAAUCCUGCUAAUGGGCUAAACCGAGUCAGUCAGGCUAACGGGUCCAAACCGAGUCAGGAAUCACCAGUGAAGCUAAAAAUACUGACUAAAAGAAAGAAAAAGUUGGUUCAAAGGGUCAUGCCGCAAAGGAACAAGUCAGUCCCUUCAUCAAACAAGGUGUCGCCCACGCAGGUGGAUGAGCCACGUGAAAUUUUUGUCUGCCCACACUGCAGCAGGGAGUUCACAAUGCGCCGCAGCAGAACCAAACACAUGGCGGUCUGCCCCAGGAAGUCUCAAGAGAUCAAAAAAAGGAAAGGAGGAGACAUUUCUGUCACAAAAGAAAACGAUGAACACUUGCAAAUAGUGAAAGAGAAACUGCAAUCGUCAACUCAACAUAACACACGGCUACAGAAAUCUGGCUCUGUGAAGAGGCAUGCCAUUUUACCGGUGCAAACCGUUUUCUCAAGUAAAAGAAGUAAAAUCAUCAUAAAAGAGAACACACAGGCAAAACAAGAGGCACCUACUGUCACAGAAGUCCCCAUUCGCACUUUCAACCCCUCCAUGAGGCAGUACAGCAGAGUGCAUCACGGCAUCAAAGGAGUUCCCAUUAAUAUCACCAUAGUGAAACCUCGGCAGAGCGGGCCGCAGGAGGUUGAAUCGUCUCCCACGCCGAGUCGAGAGGAACCGACUGGAACCAUCGCCAUCCGCACUGAGCAGAACGUUUCAGCCUGAUGAAGGAAUCUUGAUGACCAGGACUCUGCUAUGAAACCUGCUGUUAUUCUAAAAGGAGAAACCUGGUAAUCACUGUAAACCCAGCUGACUUGUAGUCUACAUCACACUGUACUGUAAAUUCUAACAGAUUAAAGAGUGUGAGUGUGUACAGAUGUGUGAAUGCCAUUUUAGAGAGCCUUUUCAUUGUGGAAGCUUCUUAUCAGCAUUUUGGACUUGUACUUGAAGAUAAUCUGACUGCUACGUGCCACAGAUUUGGAUUAAAAUGGAAGAAAUGUUCUCCAACGGCAGUCAUGGGUUUGCACUUUUAUUUAUUUAUUUUCAUUAUUUGUGGUUGUUUGUGGCCUUUUGGUUCAGACUUUUACUGCAUGCCAUCUGUGAGCUGUUCUGCAGCUACAUUGAUUUCAUUAUGUUGAUGCAGUUAGAUUUUCAUCUCAAAAUCUGGUGAAAAAUUUCUAAGUGACCAGUUUGGGAGUAAAUGAAGGCCUGUUUUAGAAGCAGGCGCAUAAAAGUGGAGGAGGAUUUUUGAUUUCAA